AUACCGCACGCUGCCGUGACCAGCCAUUGAGACCCUGGAGCCUGCCAGGACGUCGCCUCGCCGCUGUCAAGCCCUGCAUUCAGAGAGCGCCACCCCACCCCGCACGCCCUGUGGCAUCACCGCACAGCCACACGACGGCCCGUCUGAGUGUCGACACCUCGCACCCGCCUCCUGUGCGCCAGCAUGACGUCCUUCGGCGAUGCGCUGCCUGACCAGCUCUCGGAGCUGCUCGGCACGGCCGCCGCACAGCAGGGCCUGGCCACCGAGCUGGCCAACAUGCUGGCCGAGCGCGCAGCUCUGGAGCGCGAGUAUGCCGGACGCCUGCAGGCCAUCACGCGCAAGGCGCGCGAGCGACGUGACCGCCGCGUGCUGGAGGCGGCGGUGGGGCCGGAGCCGAACCGCAGCGUGUCCGCAGAGGAGGCCAAGGACAGCUCGCUGCAGAAGUACAUCACCUUCGUCCUGCACACGAGCGACGGCGCGGCCAACAGAUCAGCCACGCUCGCCGAGCAGCUGGACAGCGUGAGCAAUGAGCUCGCAGCCGGAGCGAGGAAGCGCGAGGCGGUGGUGAAGAAGCACGGCGCGUUCGGCACAAAGGUGCUGGCCGAGCGCGAUCGCUUCCACAGCGAGCGGACCAAGGCCAAGGCCAAGUACGACGAGUCAUGCUCCGAGCUCGAGUCUGCACGCGCCAAGAAGGUCUCUGCCGAGGGCGAUGGCAAGCAUGUGGACCGCGCGACGAAGGCAUGGAAGGAGGCGGAGGACACCAUGGAGAGCGCCAAGAACACAUAUCUCUGCGCCAUUGCCGUCUCGAACCGCGCGAACUCGCACUUCUACAAAGCCACGCUGCCGGCUCUGCACGACAACUUGCAAGCUCUGUGGACUCUCUCCUCCGCUCGCCUCGUCUCCUCUCUUUCCACCGCAUCCGCCCGCAUGCUCGCGCACGAGAAGACAUUAGCGAGCGGCGAGGAAGCGAGCAUUGCUGCCGCGCAGAAUGUCGAUGCGCUGGCCGACCAGGAGUUCUACGUCAAGUUCAACCAAAGGCAGCACUGGAGCGAGCCGCCGCCGAUCACGUACGAGCCGGCGCCGGGCUUUUACGAUACAGAGGAGAUGAAGGAGGGAGAUGCUGCGCGGGUACAGCUGCAGAACCGCCUGCUCAAGGCUCGUGCCCGGAUCGACGAGCUGGUGCCCAUCAUCGAAGCGAAGCGGCGAGAGGCCGAGGGCCUGGAGCGCCUGCGUGCCGCCUACGAGGGCGACUCUGCAUUGGGCAACCCGGACGAUGUGAUGGACAACUUGCUUGAUGCCCUGCGGGAGACGACUGCGCUGGAGCUGCAGGUGGCUGUCUGUGAAGCCGAGAUCGAGGAGUGCGUGGGCGUCAUUGGCGAGGACUCGUCAGACGCAAGACCACAUCGCUUCACGCCGCACAACUUCACCAUUCCGACGACGUGCGGCCUCUGCCAGAGCACCAUGUGGGGCAUCAGCGGACGCAAUGCGCUCAUCUGCAAGCCGUGCGGCUACACCUGCCACGCCAAGUGCGAAGCAAAAGUCCCGCCGAAGUGUCGUGCGGGCAACAAGCCAACGCAUCGCCCGACCGGCUCCGUCUCGCUCGGACGCUCCUCGACGAGCGCCUCGACCCGCACAACUGGCAGCCGGCUCUCCAUGCCUGCGCUCGCCAGCCCUGCUCGAGCAGCGCCGCCCGCACGCGCAGUGCCGCCGCCGCAAGCGGCUGCUCCGGCUGCAAGCGGCACGAUGCUGUAUGCAUACGAUGCGGCAAACGAGGGCGAGGUAUCCGUGCAAGCUGGCGAGGCGGUAGAGGUGCUCGCCGACGACGACGGUGGCUGGCUGAGCGUGCGUACUGGCGCUGGCGACAGCGGUCUGGUGCCGACGUCGUACGUCGACCUCUCUGGCGCGCCUGCUGCGGUGCCGAGCACCGUGCCGGCCGCAGCGGCGACGCAGGCACAGGGCUGCGGCGAGUUUGUGGUGGCGCUCUUCGACUACAAGGCACAGGACGACGACGAGCUGGAUCUCGUCGCUGGCGAGCUCGUGGAGCUGACGACGGCGGGCCUCACGUAUGCCGAUGGCUGGGCGCAGGGCAUCAAGGUUGGCCGUGUGGGCGUCUUCCCGAAGACGUACGUGCGGCCGGACGAUGAGGAAUAGAAGCAGCACGCUGCGGCCUUUGCACAUCCCGGCUGAGGAGGUCAGCGGGUAGGAAGCAGCCCUGAGAGCGCAAAGCAGUGCCUCCUUCGCUUGAGAUCUCGCUCCCCGGCAGCAGCGCCUCGAGAGCGGACCCGCCGCGCCGGCGUCUUGCCGACGCAGAGCGCUGCAUCCCGAUGUGCGCCGAUGUGGUGCCUGUCGCAAGGGCAUGCCGACGUCCCCGCACAGCACAUGCCCCCUCCCUCAGCAGUAGCACCUUGUCCACUCUGCUCGAGAUGCAGGACCCGACGCAGGCUGAAGUACGGAU